AGUGAUAGCAGGUUAUAAUCCUGACGAUUAUCUCUCACACAUGAUCCAGAACAUCUUUUCCACUUUUCUUUCAUCCACUUCUGUAUAAACAAGAUAUAAACUAAGCUGCUUUGACCGGACAGGAAGUGCACACCAAGUUAAGUAAAGGGAUAAUAAUGUGGUCACAUUUUUCUUAAAGACUCUUUUCCCUGAUUGGCUCCUGAAGAGUAAACCCAGCAUUCCUCUGCAGCAGCUUUUCCAACUGCCAACUGUGGUCACUCUCUCACCUGGAGUCCCUGCACGCAUUCAAAGUUCACGCUGCCUGAGACUUGUAACACAUUCUAGGACUGAUCGAGUCGACUGCGUUUUGGAUAGGGAUCAGUGGAACCAUGAUUGCUGCGAUUGUCAUCACCUUGUUGUGUUUCUGCUCGCUCUAUCCUACCUUUGGACAGGACUGUCCGAAUAGACAGGAAAUAACGGGCUCUCUGAAGCAGGUCCAGAAGCUUCUCUCAGCCCACGAAACCUCGUACUUGCAGAGUCUUCGCAACAUGAAAAAGAAAAUAAACCUGUUGCAGAGCAGCGCUGGGAAGCAGACCACAAGAACCACCAACAGUACCUGCCCAAAACUGGACGCGCCCAUCAAUGGACGGAAACUGGGCAAGUCACACGCCGUGGGCCAUGAGGUUCACGUUCUGUGUGACCCCGGUUAUGAACUUGUGGGAUCAGAGAGCAGGGUUUGUCAGGAGAGCCUGACCUGGAGCGGCCAGCAGCCUAACUGCAGAGACAUCAAUGAGUGUGCAUCCUCUCCGUGCCUGAAUGGUGGGACAUGUGUGGAUGAAGUGAACCAGUUCUCUUGUGUCUGUGCCAAAGGCUGGGCUGGAGCUACCUGUCAGAGCCCCGUGCCAACGUUCUUUGUCACCAUGACAAACACCUCCGCCGCCACCUCCCAAGCCACUGCCGCUGCUGCCUCUACACUGCCGGCUGCCACCACUGGGCCCUUUGUUCGUCCAUCACGUUGCACUAUAGUGCAAGGGACCACCCACUGUACCUGUGAGCCAGGAUACACCAUCUCUGGCAGGGACAGCAGCACCUGUACUGAUAUAGAUGAAUGUGAGCUGUUCCAUAAUGGCCAGGCUGGGAGACUGUGUUUACAUGCUUGUGUUAACACCCCUGGAGGCUACCGCUGUUCCUGUCCUGUCGGGUACAAUGUGACCCGCGAUGGACGCAGCUGCAAAGACAUUGAUGAGUGUGGCACCAGACAAAACAACUGCACAAAGGACCAGAUGUGCAUUAAUACGUACGGUGGUUUCCAGUGUGUCCGUGUGGACUGCCCCAAAAUCCCUAAUGCUACAUAUGUCAAGACGUCGCCUAUGCGUUGUGAACGUAACCCCUGUCCUGUGGACAACAAGGCAUGUUCUCAGACCCCCAACUCCUUCUCCUACCAUUACCUGGCUGUCGUGUCCAACCUGUCGGCUCCUCGUGUCAUGUUCAGGGUCUCAGCAUUACGUCCAAUGGGCGACACGCUUCGCUUCUCCCUGCUGGGGGGAAGGCAAGCUCGGCGCCACUUCACAGUCCAGCGUUCAGACCGUGUGACGGGUCAGCUGAUGCUAGCGAGCCCAGUGCAGGGCCCCGCCACGCUCGAGGCGGAAGUGGAGAUGAGUGAGCUGGAGAAACGAGUCCAGCUGGGGAGGUACAUCACCAAAGUCACCAUGUUUGUUUCCCAGUAUGAUUUCUAGAAAGAGAGGGAUGAAAGUGGAAACACGCUUAGAGCACAAAGGCCAAACAAAAGUCUGGUUUGGAUUUAGCUAAGGACUCUAUAUUGGAUGUGUGAUAAUCUAAUGUAUUGUGGUGUUAACGUGUUCUGUUGAUAAAGGAUGGAUUAACACCUGUCUUGCACAGCUGGGUGCAAUAAAUGUUUUAGAAUAAGGGUUCUUCAGGGGCAUUGGUGAUAAGCUAUAGAGAUGCAAAUUGAGUGAUGUAUCUUUUAUUUGAUUUGACUAUAAGAACAAGAGUUUUGUAUGGAUGAUAUGAAACAUAUUUAUUGCAGAAAUAAAAUAGAAGUGCAUGUAGGAGAUAUAAACGGUGAGUGACAUGAUGUAGAUAACAGUAAAACAGCAUUCAACUGGAGGAACUAGAAAAUACUGUAUGUCAACAGUUCGCCCUGAAAGAAAGUGCUAUUUUUGUAAUUGACAUUCCUGCUAUGUUGACAUUUAUGUUAUCUUAUGUAUACUGGACAUGUAAUCACGAUGAUCUUUUAUAUCAUGUUUGUUUUCUGGUUUCAGUACAACUGUAAUACAAUCAUUAAAACACCAU